AUGGGGCCGCGCGUGCCGCCGCCGCCGCUCCUGCUGCUGUUGUUGCGGGCGCUGCUGCUGUGGGCGCUGCUGCUGUGCGGAGCCGAGGACGCCGUGCCCCCGUCGUCGCGCCCCGUGCAGGCCACGCUGUCGCCAACGCCGGCCGUGACGAACGGGAGCCAGCCGGGCUCGCCGCACAACAGCACGUACUCGCGGCCGCCGGGCUCGCCGGGCUUGCAGCUGCUGCGUUCCUUCUACGUGCUCACGGGCCUCAGCGGCCUGGCCGCACUCUACUUCCUCAUCCGGGCGUUCAGGUUGAAGAAGCCACAGCGGAGGAGGUACGGCCUUCUGGCCAACACCGAUGACGCUACGGAGAUGGCUUCGUUGGACAGUGACGAGGAGAUCGUCUUUGAGACCCGGACUCUGAGAUGGGCCCAGCAGCUGGGGGAGGUGGACCUUGGUGGACCACCGUGGAGGGCCUGGACAGGACUGUGCAGGAUGCUGGCUGGAGACCAGAGGCCCCGGGAGCCUCCCGCAGGCCUUGGAGAAUGGCAGGGCCGGGACCGGCACCACUCAGCCGGCUCUGUGGGCUUAAGACAGGACCCACCCCGGCCUCAGUUCCCCAUCUGGGAAACGGGCAAGUGGAAGCUGGCACCUCAGGCUGACCUGGGCUGCUGGCGCCUGGCCGUGGUCAAGAGAAACAAGAACAGAAGUAAAACAGAGCUUCAGCUCAAAUCCGCUCAGGCAGCCGUGGUGGUGGUGGUGGUGGUGGUGGUGGCGGUGGCGGCGGCUCUUGCCUUGGUGGCCCCUGCAUGCAAAUGA